GGAACAUAAUAUGCAGACCCUUAUAUUCUUUGCUAGUGUCUGUAUUUUUCCUGUACCCUUCAAACAUGCCUCAUUGGGUUUUUAAAAGAUUCCGCUUGGAAGGAGAAAAACCUCAAGCCUCGCCCCGGGUCUUCCUUGACUUGACACAUUUGAUAACCGCAAGAGAGCAGUUUUUCCUUUGAUGAGGCUAAGACCCCAGAAAUGAAAGAGCAAGUGUAAGUUUGCAAACACUUUAAAAGCUCCUUCCAUUAGACCUGGUCGCGGGAAACCACAAAGGACAGUCAAGUGAUUUUCAAGGAGAAAGCCUCUGGUCCCCUUUCCCUCCGCCGCCAGGAGGUCUGCAGGUUCCUGGGAGGAGCUCUUCUCAAAUCCUGAAGAUUGCUAGGCUCUUGGCGAACGACUCAUCUCUUGAAGACCUAGAGUGGUGGAUUAUAGGCAUUGAAAAGCUUUUGGUGGCUUUGGAAGAUGACUCUGGUGUGAGCUCACCUUACCAGGCUGGGGGACCAGGCAGAGAAACCCCCUUUGUUAUCUUUUGAAAGAAGAUCAGCGGGGAAGACGGGGUUUGAAGUGUGGAUUAGGAGGUCCCACGUCUUUGCCUACCACCUCUGCUAAAUCUUCAUAAAAAGAUCGAGGAGUGCAAUGAACUUCAGAAAUCAUGCACCGCUUCCUUGAAGCCUGUCCAGGAACCUAACUUCUGGAUCCAGAAACUUCUCCAAAGACAGACCCGCUGAGCCAGGCAGUCUGCACCAGCACCUCUGCUUCUAAGAUUCUGUUUCGUCUUCUUUUAUUGAGAGAUUGACCUCUUGGGUGAUUUGUGUGCUUUCCGGCAAAUGAUGGAGACGCGUAAACCGGCGGGACUGCUGGCCUUGCCAUACUCGCUGCGCGCCGCGCCCCUGGGUGUGCCGGGGACCCUGGCCGGACUCCCGCGGAGGGAACCCCUAAGGGUCGCCCUGCGUCUGGACGCCGCGUGCUGGGAGUGGGCGCGCAGCGGCUGCUCACGGAAACGGCAGUUCCUGCCCCUGCCGCUGGACGGCGCCUUCGAGCCCGCCUGCCUCCGCAAGCGCAACGAGCGCGAGCGGCAGCGGGUGCGCUGCGUGAACGAGGGCUAUGCGCGCCUCCGAGACCACCUGCCCCGGGAGCUGGCUGACAAGCGCCUCAGCAAAGUGGAGACGCUCCGCGCCGCCAUCGGCUACAUCAAGCACCUGCAGGAGCUGCUGGAGCGCCAGACCCGGGGUCCCGAGGGCGCUACCGGCGCCGUCCCCCAGCGCAGGGCGGAAUGCAACAGCGACGGGGAGUCCAAGGCCUCUUCGGCGCCUUCGCCCAGCAGCGAGCCUGAGGAGGGGGGCAGCUAGCGAGCGCCCGGGCCGGCCAGGACCCCUGCGCCCGCCGCAUAGCGCGCAGCCGGGCGCUCAGCCUAAGGUCCUCUUCGAAGGUGGUUUGCAUUCUUAAUCUGGUAUCUUCUCCAGGCCUAAAUCUUAGGAAAAAGAAAUGGGUACUGGGGUUUGGGGGAUGGGGGAAGUGUUUUUACCUUUGGGAACUUCUCCCCUGCCCUUAUUGGUUACGUGCCUGCAACUUAUAGGUGCUUAUUAAGGAGACACUUUUCCUAUACUUCUAAAAUGCAAACUGUUCCAGAUUCUGAGCGCCUCCUUGUAAAUAUGAUUGUUCUAAAAACUCAAAGGGCGAGAACAACUGGAAUUUCCCACCUUCCGUGGUGUGGGUAAAUUGUAUACAUAAAUAUUAAACCUUAACCAAAGAAGAACUUUACUGCCACCAAAACAGAAACAACCCCAAACAGCCAAAAACAGCCCUUAAAAAUGAGAGGAACAUUUUCUUGCAUUCUUUCCUUUGGAAAUUGUAUUCGAAAUGUAAUUGAAAACAAUUGUUGACCUCCUGCUUUGGGUGAAGAAGCCUGUAAGCUGCUACUUGAGAACGAAUUUGCCAGCAUGUGCUGUUGACUGUGUGAAUGAUGGUGCCGGGGAAGCCAUGGCUUGGUACACACUGUUUCAUCCAGCGGCCACGUGGAAGCUUCGUAGCAUUGAGCAGAUAGUAAAAUGUCUUAGAAUUAAUGAUCUCUUUGGAAGAGAGCCCAGAUUUGUAUGAAAACUUGCUUUUCCUCUCAA